GUCAAAACUCUCGCUCCCGACAACGGAUUCAGCAAAGAGAUGCUGAACAAGGCGAAGCCGCAUAAGGCGAAGGAGCUCCACACUGAGCCAGUGUCAAAUCGUUUGAAUCCGGUGGACAAGAAGGAGGUCGAUGAUGACGCUCAACCUGACGGGCACUCAGUUCCCGUUUUCGUCUCCAAGAAUGCCUUCUGUUGCCGAAUAAAGCAGCGACCGGGACUUCAGCACUUUGACAGGCUGAGGACCAAGAAUUGGUUCAAAACAAGCCUUUGUAAGGUCUUUCCCGAGGUGGACAACAUUUUCCUGGCCGAGUCCUCCGACUACAGUCAGGCACACGCUGCAAGGCAUUUUUUCCUGGACAGAUGCCUAAACAUCAGGAAGCCCAUGGUGCGAAGUGAGGAUCUGGCGGAGACUUGCAUUCUGAAGGGCCACGUGGAAGUCACCAAGGUCGAAGAAAGCAAGGCGCAAGACGACAGUGACACAGGAAGGUGGCUGUUGCCGGUUCGUAGACUCUGGGUGCAGACAGACAUUGUCGUGAGGGUGUGCAUCCUGACAGUGCGUGGGCUCACCCUCGAACAAGGCCUCAAGCUCACCGACGACAGCAGCGUGUACGCUGUUGCGAAAGUCAACGGGAUGUCGGACCACCUGCAGAGGAAGUCCCACGCGCGAAUGGUGCUGGAAGACGGGUCUGGAUGUGACUUCUACGCGAGUGUCGAGAUCCAGACAAGCGUCCCCGGCGUAGGAACUCUGCAGAUCGAGGUAAAGGCAGAUGUGGGAACUUACACUCGACAGGAGGUGACACUGGGCAGAGCAGUGCUCGACAUUGAGGACAGGUGGCUUGCUCUUCAAGCCAGAGACAUGCGUGAGGUCACGAAUAAGAAGUGGAUCGAUCAGAACUUGUCACCUUCGGAACCUGUCCUACCAGACGAGAGAAAGGGGACUAAAGCUCGACCAACAGCUGGUCCAGGCGGGAAGGAAUCUUCUCGAGAUUCUGACAAGAUCCAGCCGGCCCUGGCGCCGAGUCAGCUCGAGCCCAUAGAGACGACUGAUCUCUUCUCCACGAAGAAGCAUCAGGAAAACAGGCGGGUAGGCAGCUUGCGCUGCUGGGUGGACAUGGGCUCUCUACAGCGUCCACCGCCGCAGGUCGACUUCAGGCACGUGCCGCAGGCAGAGUAUGAGAUUCGUAUGCUCGUGAAGAAUGUGACAAACAUCACUCAGUUCAAGGACUUCGGCGAGAGGAAUGAUGUUCGGGUGGUGGCCUACGUGAAGAUGAAAUCUCAAGGCCAAGAACCCGUUUCCCUGAAGCUCCAGACGGACGUCCAUAAGUACGCCAGGUAUACGGCAUCCUUUAACUGGCAGUGGGCCUUCAGGGUUACGGCCCCGCUGCAGUACUGCUACAUCAUUCUGAGCUUGGUUGACGAGGACAGCUUGACGGAGGCAGACCUUAUGUAUGCUCCCAAGGCAGGCAUGAGAAGAAAUCAGAAGGUGAAGAUCUUCCGGAUGUCGCUGGCUGGGCGCUUCAACGUUUUCACGGCGGCUGUCAUGGGCUCUGAGGCAUCGCGACAGGGCGCAGCGAAGCUUGAGCGGCUGGCAGUCGACAUGUUGUGUCAUCCAGACGAGAGCAUCACCUGGGGCUUGGUCGAGGUCGAGAUUGUUAGUGCAGAAGAAGCUGCUCUCCACGAGAUUCCGAAGGACUGCCAGGUCAGCCCUCCGGAAGAUCGCAUGGGCACCUUCCAGGCUGUCACGAACCCCCUCGGGUUCAUAUACAACUACUUGGGGCCGACGAACUAUUUCUUUAUCAGAAGGACCAUGAUCAUCAUCAUCUUCUUCCUGAGUGUUCUGGUGAUCCUGGCCUGCGUCUACCUGAUCCUCCAGAUUCUUUUGCCAGGGCUCGAGAUCUACGAUCGACUCCAACCUACACCCAACGCGAAUUAG